GAGAGGCGGAAUAGCAUGACCGUACUGUUGGCGGUGGCGGUGGUGGUGGUGGUAGUCAUUGAGGCUCAGAAAGUGUUUGGUCACGGUCAGCUUGGGCAUCACCUCACCCCUCUAUUUACUCACACCUGCACCUCACACCACCUCACCAUGUCGGGGGCGCUCUUCGGAGGCAAUCUCAGGUCCAACAGCAAGAACCUGGUGGAGUUUAAGGCGGGGAAGAUGUAUAUGAAAAACCAGAUGGUUCACCCAGACAAGAGAAAGGGACAGUUGUACCUGUACCAGGCUGACGACUCCCUCAUGCACUUCUGCUGGAAGGAACGCGCCACUGGCAUUGUGGAGGAGGACCUGAUCGUGUUCCCAGAGGAUUGUGAGUACAAGCGAGUGUCUCAGUGCACCACUGGCAGAGUGUAUGUGCUCAUCUUCAAGGUGUCUAACAGGAAACUAUUCUUCUGGAUGCAGGAGCCAAAGACUGACAAGGAUGAUGAGUAUGCACGCAAGAUCAAUGAGUUGAUGAACAACCCUCCAGCCCCGGGGUCUCAGCGCUCAGCAGGCUCCACACCAAACCCUGCCCUGGGCUCAGAAAUCACCAACCUGCGAGACAGUGACAUCCAGAACCUGUUUGGCAACAUUUCCCAGCAGCAACUGAUGCAGAUCCUUGGGAGUGGGAUGUCCAGCCUGGCAACACUGCUGGGGCCGGGUAGAUCGGGCAGUGGAGGGGGCCGGAGUGGCAGUGGCAGCAGCAGUUCCACAUCAGCCACCACCACAGCUUCUACCACCCCAGCAGCCACCACCACCCCUACCCCAGCUCCUACACCUGCUCAGGAAUCUGGGCAGGGCAGCACCACCACCACCAGCAGGGAGAGUAGCAGCACCACCCCUACUGCUGGGAAUGUUGUGCCUAUCCAGCUGUCAGACCUCCAGAACAUCCUGUCAGGCAUAUCGGUGCCCCCAGAUGUGUCUGGCUCUCCCAGGGUGCCAGUGGAUUUGAGUUCAGCAAUGACUGCAGAAGCUCUCCAGCCCAUACUGACCAAUGAAGAAUUUGUGAACCAGCUGCGGCCGUACCUCCCUGCCACCGCUGAGGAGCUGCCCCCCACCGAGCAAUUGAGGGGCACUGUCACCUCCCCUCAGUUCCAGCAGGCUGUGAGUUUGUUCAGCAGUGCUCUUCAGUCAGGCCAGCUGGGUCCGCUGAUAAACCAGUUUGGUCUAGGGGAGGAUGCAGUGGUUGCUGCCUCAUCCUGUGAUAUGGAGGCUUUCAUCAAGGCUCUGGGAAAGAAGAAGGAAAGUGAAGGUGCCAGUAAAAAGGAUGAAGAGAAGAAGAGUCCUGAGAAAAAAGAAGACAAGGACAAAGAUGAUGAUGACUACAUGGCAGUAGAUUAAGAGUGUCACUAUGUCCCAAGGUAGUGGUUGGGUAUGUUUUGUAUUUAAAGUGUCAAAGCUGUUCUUGACUUCAUUUAUUUUACUCUUGGGUAUAACUCCACAACACAUAUGCAUAUAUAGAAUACUAUACUUAAUGUGUAAUUUAAAAUGAGGUAAAUCAAACCUUGCACUAUAUCUGUAAUUUACAGUUAUUUUAAUAUUAAUAGAAAAAAAAAGAACGUCAAAAAACGAUAAUUGAAUGAUAUUAAAAUCUCAUUGAGCCUCAUUCUUGUUUGCCAUCAGGUUUUGUGAUUUACCAGUAACUAGAUGCAUAGGUUUUCAUAAGGUUCAUAAGGUGGAUGGAUGUGUUUGAGUUCUGAAGACAUUGUGCCUUGGUUAGGGUUGUCUUUUAAGGGUUAGAGUUCAGUUUGUAGCAUUGUGUUUAUGUUCUAUGUAGAUAAUGAAAAAAAUUACUGUAAUAAAGUUUUUUUUUAUUUCUUGAAAUGUUA